CUUAUUAAAUUUCGGUGUGGUAGCAUUGUUUGAUGUCAUAUGUUUACUAAGCGUUUGUAAAUAUGUACGUGUAUUUGUAUUUGCUUUUAUGCAGGUGACCAAAAUAUAACAAACAAAGCAAAUUACUAAUGUUUUUGCAAAUCCUGUGGCGUUCUUAACAAAUAAAGUUUGUCACUAUGAAAAUUAAUGAAAAGAACUUGUGCGUGUUUGCAAGAACGCCGCCAUUUGACAUGGAAGGUUUUCUCAACAAGCGUGGCGAGAUAAAUAAAGCAUUUCAACGUCGCUAUUUUGUACUAAAAGGCAACCUGCUGUUUUACUUUGAGUCGCGCCUGGACAAGGAACCACUGGGGCUAAUUAUAGUAGAGGGCUGCACCAUAGAGCUGUCGUCCCAUGAGCUGGAGUCAGAUAACUAUUGCUUUGAAAUUGCAUUUAAUGGCAAUCGUACGUAUGUGCUAGGUGCGGACUCACAAGACAUCAUGGAAGCAUGGAUGAAGGCAUUAACCUGUGCUGGUUAUGAUUACAAGCGUAUAAUAGUGGCAGAGCUGCAACGGCAGCUCCAAGAGAUCGAAGACUCCAGAAACAAAGUGCCUGACACGACGAUAGAGUCGGAUGCACUGGGCAAACCUAAGCCGCCACCUCGACGGCAGAAUCCUUUUAACCGCCCAGCACCAGCGCCACCACUGCCACACGACAAUGGACUUCGCGGCGGCGUAGUUAUGUCGCCCAUGCCGUUCAUACCUGGCUACUUUGGCUCUAGUAAGCAGCAGCAAGAGCAUCAGCAACUUAUGGAUAAUAAAAAUGCCAAUUGUAGUGACAAUCCACAAAGAACGCCAAAGGGGACGCGUCGACAAGCGCCAGGAGUAGUUGCAGCAGCAGCAUCAGGAGCAGCACCCCACAGCGUUUUCUACAAAGAUCAGCCCGUAGCACCAGCCAGAUCCGCAGCAUUGCAAACCAUCAGCAACAACAAUGUGGGGGAUCGUGCCGAGCAACAACGUCGAUGUGCCCAAGCCAUAGAGGAUUUUAAGCGAGAUCAUGAGCGUUAUCGUGAACAUGUUAUGCCCGAUAUUAUUGCAUAUCGUCAACGGCACAAGCAGCCGCUUAUACAGUUCUAGCGAGCGCUGUUAAAAUUAAACUUUUCGUAUUAUACAAUGAAAAUUACAUUUAAAUUAUCUAUAUUUAUGUUCAACUUAUUCUGUGUUUUAAAUAUA